GGCGAGAUCCAGUGAAAAGAGCGAGAGAGGAGACGGCGUGGGUUGACUGGGCUGGGGGUGCAUCCCUUUCCUGCGCCGGGAGGACCCCCGGAAGCUCGUGCUGGGGACACCGGAGACCAUUGAUCUACCCUCGUCCUCCCUGCGCGCACUUCUCGCUUUCUCCGGAGGCCGAUCCAGAGCGCGAGGGAGCGGCGACGGCAUGAGCCGGUGCUGACCUCCGCCCGGCGGGCCAAGCCCUGGGCUUUGUCGCGGUACCUGCGCCCGGCCCGCAAUUCCGUGCCCGGCUUUUGCAAUCUUUUGUUGGCAGCGCUGACCGCUCUAAGUUAAAUGCUCCCUUGCUAUUUUUUUUUUUUUUUUUUCUUUUUGUCUGUUUGUUUAAAUUUUGGAGAGCUCUAGCGAUCUUGGAAAAGCCUCAGACGCCAUCUACAGUUAAAACGUAGGUAAUUACCCUCUCUGGACCCUCUCCGGCAAACCCCCCCCUCCCCGCGCCUUCCACGCCCCCCACCCUUUCCACCAAAAAAGGGGGUGCAGCGCGGAUUCAGUCUGCGGUGCGGCGCGAGCCGGUACCCGGGCUUCUUUCCUUUUUCUUUUUGUUUGGUUUCUAACGCGCCGAGACCAAGCGGCGGCCGUGUGCGCUUCCCGAAGACUGCACAAACUACAGCGAGGCUCCUCCGCCGGGUCUGCUUCGGGAGCCUGCGUGGGGACUGCUUCGGGAGCCCCAGGGCUGCAGCUCCCCACCUUAGCAAUCCGGUUACAAGUCCAUAUCCACGUUGGAAAAGGAGCGAGCGAGAGAGAGAAACUAAAAGUGCGAAGAUCCUGCAAAUCGCUGGCGGCUUUGGGAGUAACAAAAGGACCCGAGUUGCUGCCGACCGAGGACCCCCCGGGAGUCGGGCUCGGAGCAGACGAGGUGCCCGGCGGCGCCCGUUUUGGGGGGCUUCUAACUCUUUUUCCACGUAGCCCCCUUCCCGUCCCUCCCCUCUCGAUCGCUUUUAACAUCCGUGGCUCCGAGGCGCCUGCAGCCGCACUCGCCAGCGACUCAUCUCUCCAGCGGUUUUUUUUUGUUUGUCGAGUGCGAUCCCCACACUCAUGAACAUACACAGGUCUACCCCCAUCACAAUAGCAAGAUAUGGGAGAUCGCGGAACAAAACCCAGGAUUUCGAGGAGUUGUCGUCUAUAAGGUCCGCCGAACCCAGCCAGAGUUUCAGCCCGAACCUCGGCUCCCCGAGCCCGCCUGAGACUCCGAACUUGUCGCAUUGCGUUUCUUGCAUUGGGAAAUACUUAUUGUUGGAACCCCUGGAGGGAGACCACGUUUUUCGGGCCGUGCAUCUGCACAGUGGAGAGGAGCUGGUGUGCAAGGUGUUUGAUAUCAGCUGCUACCAGGAGUCCCUGGCCCCCUGUUUUUGCCUGUCUGCCCACAGCAACAUCAACCAAAUCACCGAAAUUAUCCUGGGGGAGACCAAAGCCUAUGUGUUCUUUGAGCGGAGCUAUGGGGACAUGCAUUCCUUCGUCCGCACCUGCAAGAAGCUGAGGGAGGAGGAGGCGGCCAGGCUCUUCUACCAGAUCGCCUCGGCCGUGGCCCACUGCCACGACGGGGGGCUGGUGCUCCGGGACCUCAAGCUGCGGAAAUUCAUCUUUAAGGACGAAGAAAGGACUCGGGUCAAGCUGGAAAGCCUGGAAGAUGCCUAUAUUCUGCGGGGAGAUGACGACUCGCUCUCCGACAAGCACGGCUGUCCAGCGUACGUCAGCCCGGAGAUCUUGAACACCAACGGCAGCUACUCGGGCAAAGCAGCUGACGUGUGGAGCCUGGGAGUGAUGCUCUACACCAUGCUGGUCGGGCGGUACCCUUUCCAUGACAUUGAGCCCAGUUCCCUCUUCAGCAAGAUCCGGCGUGGCCAGUUCAACAUUCCAGAGACUCUGUCACCCAAGGCCAAGUGCCUCAUCCGGAGCAUCCUGCGGCGGGAGCCCUCGGAGCGGCUGACCUCCCAGGAGAUUCUGGACCAUCCUUGGUUUUCUACAGAUUUUAGUGUCUCGAAUUCAGGAUAUGGUGCUAAGGAAGUGUCUGAUCAGCUGGUGCCGGAUGUCAACAUGGAGGAGACCUUGGACCCUUUCUUUAACUGAGCUCACACCCCACGGGGACUUAGCAGGUACCAGAAGCGAGAGAGAGGGCAGCAGAGAGGAGUUCUUCCAGGGAACACGUAUCGCCUGGCUUGGUAGCAAGAGGGACACGGACACUCACAGGCUUCUUGGUUCAAAGAAGGAAAACUGUCAAGGAGCUGACUGAACAUGUAGCAUGGGGGCCAGAGACGUGGGAUGGAGGCGGGCUCUAGGGUCCUGUCGGGUGGGCAGGAGCCCCCCUGGAGCUUCUCUCGCCUGACGGAGCCCCCCGGGAGACCACCCCUAUCUGCUGGGCUGCUUCCGCCUAUCCCCCUUUCCAUUUUGUUCCAAAUAGUUGCAAAUCUUGAUAGAAUCAAAACUCUGCCUCAAACACACAUCUUGGCAUCGCACUGUUAGCGUUUAACUUCUUGUCAUGAUUCAGGGAAGGUACCAUUGGCCAAGGGUUUUUUGUUUUUUAUUUUCUUUUUAAACAAGCCAGCCACCUAUCUGAUAAUUCACGGGGUUCAUUUAAAAAAAAAUUCGGUGCACACAGACUGAUGUGAAACCUGGGUGCUAAAACUAAAAGAAAAUAAAAGUCCAGUUUGUGUCUCCUAAUUGCGCUCUUCAACUCAUUUCUUCUAACUAAACUAUUGAAUAUCCUGGUCAGGAAAUAACACAUUCAGUGCUUUGCUCCCUGAAGUGGGAAAAAAACAGACCUGUCCUGUAACCCAGUAUUCUGUUCUGUGUCAAUUGGUUUGUGGCAGGAAGCUCUUAGAAGUCAAACUUCCAGAUGUAUCAUUGCUAUCAUAGCUUAAAGAAAGAAAAAUGAAAGGAAAAGAGAAAUUCAGCUCUUUAAUUUUAUUUUUAUUAUUAUUAUUAUUAUUAUUAUUUUUUUUUUUUGGUGAAUGACGAGGGCUGCAUCACAGGCAUGCCUUUUUGCUGAGAUGUUAGUGAUGGAGUGAGAUUCCAGAUGCUGUUGGAGUCUGAAGCUCUUAUAACACUCUGAUCUCAACUAAACAUUUUGUCUUUGCUUUAUUGGCAACUCAUGAAAUGAAGCAGGUUGUCCCACAUGUAUGAAAUACAGGGCAGCUAUUGCAUUUUCUUUAUGGAAUAUGAUCAUUGUAGCUUGGGAGGCCCUCUGGUUUGGACAAAAACCCUCAGUUGAGACAAGCAGGAAGGAAAAUAAGCUGAAAGCUAGGAUGAUAUUAAAAAACAAACAAACAAACAAAAAACAAAAAAAAACAGCUCUCUAUCCCCAUACGCACCUUUGUAUUUUUCAAGAACUCUUCUAUUUAUUAAGGAAAAUGUCACAUUGUGAUGUAUUAAGCCAGUACUUCAAUUACGGGUUAACUUGGGUAACAUGUUACAUGCUGUAGUUAACAUUUAUAUAUAUAUUUUUUUCUUUGUUUGAGUAUUUCUGUCCCUGAAAUAACCUUUUAUUUGGCUUUUCUAGAUAGCUUUAUUUGAUUUCGAGUGGCAAAUGUUUUUCUUUUUUUUUUUUAUCUGUUAUGGCUUUUCUAUAUUGGUGUAUGAUACAGAACUCUUUUGGCAUCAAUACUUGUGUUUCCAGUACCUCAGUUGUUCGGAUUUUACUGCCUGUAUAUGUUUUGUGAAAUGGUCAUGUUUUUGGGUAGGUGACACGUGGACUCUAGUAUGUAAAUGUUACUUGAAUCUGUGCUUCAUUAUAGUAUGUGGCAUGUAUGUGCAGACCUUGGAUGCUCUAUUUCUACUUAGCAGGAGCCCGGCCUCACGUUCCCAGGAGGGCGGCUUAACCAUUCAUCGUCAGGAGACAAGGAGGCCAUGGAUUUGCUCUGGAUUCUAUUUUGAUAACAGGAGAUAAAAAAGGAGAGAGGGUUUUUUACAUUCUGAAGAUGGGGCUGAGUUAAGAAGGACCUGUUUUUCUUCCCUCUCCCUUAUUUUUUAAGUACCUUGUUGGAGGAAAGAUUGGUGACAUGCAUGGUGGGAAUCUAUGGCCUCUGGUGCUUUGUCCUGUAUUCGGUUAAUGUUUUUGUCCUAAUCUCUUCAAUCAAUAAAAUUGUGCGUAUUUAACUAAA